GCCCUCGGAGCCGGGAGACGGGGGCUUGGGGGUUGGGCAGGGUGGGGCCGGGCCAGCGCAGGGAAGGACAGUGAGGCCAGGCCCCACCUCCGCGCCGCUGUACAGCCGUGACCGCCUGCAACUGCGGUGUCCCCCGGGGACCGGCGGGCCCGCGCGCUCUCCGCACCCCCAGAGGCUGCGCCCUGGGCCUGUGCGCAUCCUACACCGGGGAGACUCGGGCCAGGAAUGCGACCCUCGGCCCGGGGCCACACCCCGCCCCGGGCACGGCAGGGUGGGUGGUAGGCUGAGCCCGCGAAACCCACCUCGGUCCCCCGUCCUCAAGCUCCGAUGGCGGCGGCCGCGCUGACGGGCCCUGCACAGGGCUGUGUGACCUUUGAGGACGUGACCAUUUACUUCUCCCAGGAGGAGUGGGGGCUCCUUGAUGAGGCUCAGAGACUGCUGUACUGCGAUGUGAUGCUGGAGAACUUUGCACUUAUAGCCUUGCUGGGACUUACAUCAUUCAGGUCCCAUGUAGUUGCCCAACUGCAGGUGGGGAAAGAGCCCUGGGUGCCUGACAGAGUGGAUAUGACCUCAGCCAUGGCAAGAGGGGCUUGUAACGGGACCGGCUCUGAUGUUUGCUGUGGAACAGAGGGUGAGGAGUUACCUUCUGAGCAUACUGUUUCGGAAGGAGUGUCACAGGACAGGAAUCCUGAGGUAGCUCUGUCCACCCAGGAAACCUACCUCUGUGACAUGUGUGGCCUACACUUGAAAGACAUUUUACACCUGACUGAACACCAGGCAACACAUCCCAGGCAGAAACCACACGUGAGUGAGGCAUGUGGGCAGGGGUUCAAGUUCAAGGCAAACCUUCCCCAGCAGCAGGUGCAGGAGGAUAUAGACAAGCCUAUCAGAAAGGAGGAGUGCAGGGCCUCACCUGUGAAGACCUGCAGAGACCACACGCCAGAAAAGCCCUUCACAUGCAGGGAGGGUGGGAUGGACUUUGUGGCCACUUCAGGCUUUCUGCAGCCUCAGGUCACUCCCAGUGUGGAGGAGCCACAGAAGAGCACUGAAGGUAUGGUGGAUUUUCACACUGUGCACAGGCAUAACAAGUGCAGUGAAUCUGGGAACCCUUUGAGUGACAAAUCCACAUUUGUUCAGCACCAGAAAAUCCCCACCAGGGAACGACCUUAUGAAUGCAGCAAAUGUGGGAUAUUCUUUAGCUAUGUCACUGCUCUCAUUCAACACCAGAGAGUUCACAACAGAGGAAAACCUUAUGGGUGCUGCGAAUGUGGAAAAUUCUUUACCCAACACUCCAAUCUUAUUAAACAUCAGCGAGUUCACACUGGCGAAAGCCCCCAUGUUUGCAGCGACUGUGGGAAAUUCUUUAGCCGAAGCUCCAAUCUCAUUCAACAUAAGAGGGUUCACACUGGUGAAAAGCCGUAUGAGUGCAGCGACUGUGGGAAAUUUUUCAGCCAGCGUUCCAACCUCAUUCAUCAUAAGAGGGUUCACACUGGUAGAAGUGCUCAUGAGUGCAGUGAAUGUGGGAAGUCCUUCAACUGCAACUCCAGCCUAAUUAAACACUGGAGAGUUCACACUGGAGAAAGACCUUAUAAGUGCAAUGAAUGUGGGAAAUUCUUUAGCCAUAUCUCCAGUCUCAUUCAGCAUCAGAUAGUUCACACUGGUGAACGGCCUUAUGAGUGUAGUGAAUGUGGCAAAGGCUUCAGCCGAAGCUCCGACCUCAUGAAACAUCAGAGAGUUCACACUGGUGAACGGCCUUAUGAAUGCAAUGAGUGUGGGAAAUUGUUUAGCCAAAGCUCCAGCCUCAACAGCCAUCGGAGACUUCACACCGGUGAACGGCCUUAUAAGUGCAGUGAAUGUGGGAAAUUCUUUAACCAGAGUUCCAGCCUCAAUAACCAUCGAAGACUUCACACUGGUGAAAGGCCUUAUCAGUGCAGCGAAUGUGGGAAAACCUUCAGACAGAGGUCUAAUCUGAGGCAGCAUCAGAAAGUUCACAAAGCAGAUAGGCCUUAUAAGUGCAGUGAAUGUGGGAAAGCCUUCAGCCAAAGGCCUACCCUCAUUCGGCAUCAGAAAAUUCACACUAGAGAAAGGACUGUAGAGAAUGUGCUCCCUUCUUGUUUGACACAAGGCACGCGCAAGAUAUAAGCUCUGAGAACAGUGUUUAUGAGGCACCUGCCAGCUGGAAGUUGAACCUUGUUCAUCCAAAUGUCCAAAAUGGGGAGAUUCCAUUUGAAUGCUAGAUAGUUGGAAGCUGCCUGGAGUGAAGUUGCAUUAUUGACCACGGAUUUUUUUCAGAGUUUUGUCACUGCCAGGGUGACAGAAGCCAUCUCAGCUCUACCCACUGGCAGGUCUCCAGUGUGUGUGUCAGCCACUGCACUGUGCUCAGGGAAGGCAGACCUCUAUUCUCUUUCCAGUCCCAAAGAGAAUCUUGAGUUGUCUGAGGCCAUGGGAAGAUGUCAUUCCCUCCUGCUGUGGCUGGUUUAGCUGUGGACAUGUCUCAUCUUUGGCCAUGAACACCUGAGCAGGGUUCUGUUGGCAGCUGGCACAGUUUUCCCUUUUUCCAGGACAUUGUUGAUCUCACAUGAUGGCUUGUGAUGGAUUUGUCCAGACUUCAAGUUACCGGACCCAACACCUACCCACUGUACAUUGCUGUGGUUCAUGUGAUAAUAAGAGCCUUAUUCAUAAGGCCACCUUUAAUCUCCCAUGUUCUGAUCACUGUGGGGUGGGUGAGACCAGAAAUCAGGGCUACUAAACUAAAGGGGUCUCCACAUUUAUUGUCUUAGAGGGGACCAUGGGAUGGCAGAGAACAACUUUUAGUCCAUUUGUGGCCUCAUUACAAUGCUCUCCAAGGCCUCCUAGGAAAAAUUGUAGGGCUUUGUGGGCCUAAUGUUGUGGUCUAUGCAACAUGAAUUUUUGUGCUACCCUGAGGAGGGGUAGUUGUGACAGCCUCCAGUGCAUCUGGGUGCAGCAUGAAUUUGGUCCCUUAUUCCAAGUAGGUGCCCCAUAUCCCCUAGCACUAUUAAGCAGGUGCUAUUUAACUGGCACCUGCUAUGGAGCCCUAUGCCCAGAAGUUCAGCAUCCCCAAUAUGGGUGUCUCUAACUAUAAGACCUACUGGGCCAAGAUUAGGACCAUAAUUUGUACAGAAAUACUGGGUGUGAUUAAUAGGAAGUAGGUGAGAGUAUAGCGAACCAGCAGGAAUGGACCUAUUCUAAGGGCUCAUGCACAAAUGUUCCCUUGAAUCUAGCUGUGCAGGAUUUGGGGUUUGCAGAAAUUCUCAGGACCUCCAGAUUUCUGUGCUAUGACUAAGGUUACUGGCAGAGAAAAUAAUCUAAAGGUUUUGUGGAUUACUGCAGGUUCUUUGCACUAUCUAUCUCAAGGCCAGGAAAAUAGGGACUGAGAGAAAGUUCCUGUAUUCCAGGGAUGUAGCAUUUGUGAUGUAGCCAGCCAUUCUUUGCUGCCAAGGCAUGAAGAGAGAUAUAGUGGAGUGGAUAUUGGGUUGCCAAAUCUUGUAGUUUUGCAAAAUGAGUGGGAGGUGAGAUUUUUAUGUGCAACAAUUUCUUUUAAUGCUUUGUUGAGAUAUAAUUGCCAUUCAAUAAUUGACUGUACAUAUUUGGUGCAUGCAAUUUGAUGUUUUGAAAUAUGUAUACACUCAGGGAACCAACACUAUAAUUAUCAUAACGAACAUAUCUAUCACCCACAGAGCUACCUCAUGCCCCUUUACAAUCCCUCCUUGCCUUCCCCAGGAAACCAUUAGUUACAUGCCAGGGAAACAUUUGUUUUACUUUUUUUUUUUUUUAACUACAUAUUUGUUUGUCUUUUCUAGAAUUUUGUACAAUUGGAAUCAUAAAGUAUUUAUACUCUU